AUGCUUCGAAUCAAAGCUACGAUAGGAGAAGAUCAUUCUGAUAAACCGGUACAAUAUGUACCUCUAAAGAAUGUAAACAUUGAGGCAAAGAUUCGUUCAUUUGCCGCCGAUGUAAAGAUAAGACAGGUGUUUCGAAACGAGGAAAAUACGCCGAUUGAAGCGGUCUAUUGUUUUCCGAUCGAAGAACGAGCUGCUAUCUAUUCGUUUGUAGCUCAUAUUGAUGAUCGUGAAAUUAUCGCCGAGUUGAAAGAAAAGAAUCAAGCACAGAAAGAAUAUUGUGAUGGUAUAAAAAGUGGCCAUGGAGCUUAUUUAUUGGAACAGAAUGAAGAUUCCUGUGAUAUUUUUAUGAUUAACGUUGGUGGGAUACCUCCAUCGAAAGAAUGUAUCAUUACUAUAGCCUAUGUGUCGGAAUUGGAAUUGGCUUCUGAAUCCACCAUUCGAUUUGUAGUGCCGACGGCUAUUGCACCACGUUAUGAUCCCGGAAAGGGUAGUAUUUCAUCAUCUGCAAACAUGAAUUAUUCAUACGUUCAUUCAACUUUGUAUACAAUUGCUUUUAAUUGUCGCAUUGAAAAUAUUGGACAACAGAUCGCUCGGAUAAAUUCAACAUCGCAUCCAAUUGAAGUUGAUCAAAGUCAAACAGAUGCAUAUUUAGUGACAUUUACUCAGGAAAAUACAUAUUUAGAUCGCGAUAUUCUACUAGAUAUUGAAUUGCAAUCAAAGCAUGAAAGUUCGAUCAUUGCCGUCGAAUCUGGUGCUGUAAUGGCGGCAUUUAUUCCCACCGAUAAUAAUUUUUGCCAGUCAGCAAUAUCGAACAAUGAAUUCAUCUUUGUUGUUGAUUGUAGUGGGUCAAUGAGAGAUGAAAAUAAGAUUUUAUACGUUCGCGAAGCCAUGAUAGUCUUUCUUAGAAGUCUACCAAUUCAUUGCCAUUUCAAUAUAAUACGAUUUGGUUCCAAUUACGAAAGUCUCUUUGGAGAAAGUACUGUAAUCUACAAUGAAGAAAAUGUUAAAAAAGCUGAACAAUUGAUUGAGAAAAUGGAAGCUAAUAUGGGUGGCACUGAACUGUUGGAACCGUUGAAAUGGCUUGCACAAAACGCACUUGAUCAAGGACGUGGGCGCCAGAUUUUUCUUCUGACCGAUGGUGAAAUUUCAAAUGUUUCAGAAGUACUCAAUCUGUGUCGUUCGAUGGCUUCAAACACUCGAAUUUUUUCAUUCGGUUUGGGUCAAUCACCUAGUCAUUCUUUGAUCAAGGGUCUGGCUCGAGCGACCAAUGGUCAAUUCGUUUUUAUUCCACCAAACACAAAUGUAGAUGAACCAGUUUGUGAGCAAUUACGCAGGGCCCUUCGACCAUGCAUCACCAAUGUGCACAUCAAAUGGAAUCUUGGUGUUGAAGUUCGCAAUGCUCCAAGGCGAUUACCUCCAAUUUAUUUCAAUGAGAGACUCAUUGUAUACGGCCUCGUUGACGAUAAAACGAUUCCAUUCAAUCACAAGUCUUCUGUUGAAUUAGAGACUUAUCCGGAUCAUCAUCGAUUAGUCAAAGCUCAAGUUACUCGAGUGCCAACUGUGUGUGACCAUACGACAAUUGCUCGCCUUGCUGCUAAAGCACUCAUUCUAGAGUUACAACAUGAAAAAAACCCAUCAGAAGGGUUCAAUACGGAAAUACAAGUUCAAGAUAUUUCGUUGUCGAAGGACAUAGAAAUCAUGUCGACAAGACAUCAAAUUAUUCAGUUAUCUCUCAAGUACAAUAUCUUGAGUCCAUACACGGCUUUUGUCGGCAUUGAAAAGAGAAUAAAUCAAAACAAUGAUGGUAUGAUUUUACGUGAAAUACCAAUUCAACUAUCUAUGGAUGAUCAAUAUUCACAGCCAAUCGUUCCGCCAAUUUUCAAUAAUGUGCUUUCCUAUCACUCAUAUAGUCCAUUCUUACCAAUGUAUCUAAGCCAUUCAGCCAGUUCACCGACGUACUCACCAACAUCCCCAAGCUAUUCACCCAGUUCACCGGCGUACUCGCCAACAUCCCCAAGCUAUUCAUCCAGUUCACAGAAGUAUUCAUCGAUUUUGUCUAACAACCUCGAUAAUAUGAAUGCGAAUGAUUUACCGGCAACCGACGCUAAGAAAAGAAAGUGCGACGCAGAGGAUAAUGAUGAUGAUUGGCCAAAAAACAAUCGAGAUAUUGUUCGGCACUUGAUUAAGAAGCAAACGUUUGAUGGUCUCUGGAAUUUAGAAUCUGAGAAUAUCGAACAUUUGACUGGAAAGCCUCUCGCAGAAUUUCAAUCGAAAUAUUCUCAAUUCGAUGAUAAAACUCUCAUAUCACUAAUUGUAAUUGCUGCGUUUUCUAAAUAUUUCAAAGCUUUAGAACUGUUGUGGCACGCUGUAGUAGAAAAGGCUCGUAAAACUCUCGCUAAUAUGAUCGAAAACCAAUUGGUAGAUCUCGAUGGAUUUCUAUCCGAUAUUUCAGAAAAACUAUGA